GGUCGUUCGCUUCCGGGUCUGCCUCGGUUUACCCGCGUCGGCCAGGCCUUUAACCUCGCUUUGGCAUUCUCGUGUUUUUGCUCGCUUUUGUGAUUUAGGGGACCAGCUUCUCCCACCACACCGGAGAAAGCUACUCUUUCCUCUUCCUUCCCAAGCCGUCACGAAGCAGGGUCUUACGUGGGUUAUGGCUCUUCCUUCAGAGCUGUCGCCCAUCGGGUCCGCGUAGGAAAAAGGUUGAGUCCCAGUUUGCGGCUCUCUGAGGGCCCGACCUUGACAUUCGAGUCUAUUUUUGGGGAGAGCUGUUUUCUUGGAGACGUUCCAGGGGAGUAGGGCUCCAGAGGCCGGCGUCAUCCGACAAGUAGAUUCACCAUCCGUGACUUGACCAGAAUUUGGAGAAGGUGUCAUGGAAGUUCUGCGCCCACAACUUGUAAGAAUUGAGGGGCGGAAUUACAGGAAAAACCCCAUCCAAGAAAAGAGCUAUCAGCAUGAAGAAGAGGAGGAGGAUUUCUAUCAAGGCUCCAUGGAGGACGCCGAUGAGCCCUGUGAUGCCUAUGAUGUGGAGCAGACCCCACAAGGAUUCCGCUGUACCGUGAGGGCCCCCAGCCUGCUGUACAAGCAUAUAGUUGGAAAGAGAGGGGACACUAGGAAGAAAAUAGAGCUGGAGACUAAAACUUCUAUCAGCAUUCCUAAACCUGGACAAGAUGGAGAAAUUGUUAUCACCGGCCAGUAUCGAAAUGGUGUGAUUUCCGCCCGCACUCGGAUUGAUGUUCUCUUGGACACUUUUAGGAGAAAGCAGCCCUUCACUCACUUCCUUGCCUUCUUCCUCAAUGAAGCUGAGGUUCAGGAGGGAUUUCUGAAGUUCCAGCAGGCAGUUCUGGAGAAGUGCUCCACGGAUCAUGGAGUUGAUGGCACCAUUUUCCAGAAUCCCAAAAAGCUUCACCUAACUAUUGGGAUGUUGGUACUGCUGAGUGAGGAAGAGAUCCAGCAGACGUGUGAAAUGCUGCAGCAGUGCAAAGAGGAGUUUAUUAAUGACAUUUCUGGGGGCAAACCCCUGGAAGUGGAGAUGGCAGGGAUAGAAUACAUGAAUGAUGAUCCUGGCAUGGUGGACGUUCUUUACGCCAAAGUCCAUAUGAAAGAUGGCUCCAACAGGCUGCAGGAGUUAGUUGAUCGAGUGCUGGAACGUUUUCAGGCAUCUGGACUCAUCGUGAAAGAAUGGAAUAGUGUGAAACUGCAUGCCACAGUCAUGAACACGCUCUUCAGGAAAGACCCCAGUGCUGAAGGCAGGUACAAUCUCUACACAGCGGACGGCAAAUAUAUCUUCAAGGAAAGAGAAUCAUUUGAUGGCCGAAACAUUUUGAAGUUGUUUGAGAACUUCUACUUCGGUUCCCUAAAGCUCAAUUCCAUUCACAUCUCUCAGAGGUUCACAGUAGACAGCUUUGGAAACUACGCCUCCUGUGGACAGAUUGACUUCUCGUGAGGUGGAUCUCGGAGAGCACUGGAAAUUGUUCGCCCUCACGAGGUGCUGAAGAAAAGUGUCUUCAUUUUAACUGCCACGGAGGGAUAUGGAGUUGUGGAUGGUGACUUCCCUGGGUGGUUCCAUGGACUCACCAGUGCCUGUCUAGUGGAGUGUAUCGUCAGAGCGACAGCCGGGACCAUUGUGGGCACAGGAACAACUUGUGUCUGCAACCCUCAGCUUGUUCCACUUUUUUCUUCUGUGUGUGUGAGUGUAUGUGUGGUAAAAUACACAUAAGCUUUCCCGUCUUAA